AUCCUGACUGAAUCCAAUUUGACAUGUUCGCGGUUGAGUUAUGAAAAUUUAUUAUUUGAUUGUCUGCUUGGAAGCGAAUGUUUUUCUUGUAAAAUAACUGCUUGUAAUUACUGUGACUAACUACCCAACAUAUGUAAGAAAGAUUGAUGCCCUUCUUUCAAGUCAUUAUCACUUCUCUCAUGACGCUUGGUAUUUUUGUAACAUUGAUUGGAUUGUCUUCUUUCCUGUGUUAUUAAAAUAAAACGUUUGACGUAUAUAAAGGAGAGGGUUAUUUAGAGCAACUUGAUUAAAUACUGUACAAGAUAAACUUUGUAUCACUUUGACUGUUUCCCUUUUGCUGUAAGUUGAUACUUUAGUUAUACUGUUUUUCUUGAGAAGGGUACCAGGCACAGGGAUGUGGCCAAAUUACUCUUGAGGAAACGAGCCAAGGGUGUGAUGUGUCCACUAGGUAACAUCGCCUCAUGGCUGACAUGCAUUAUACCUCUAUGUCCCGUGACCUGUCCACCGAAUCCGUCUCUACUCUUCGAAUAUCUGAGUAUGGACCUUUGGAUUGUCGUGAGAAGUCUUUUCCUAGUGACAGUAGCUCACCAAGUGGACCUUUACUAUCUGGGGAGCUGAGCCAUGAAAAACCCCACAGAGACAAAAAGGAUCACAGGGAUAGGUCAAAGGCAUACAGAAAAUAUUCAGAAUUAACUCCACCUGCAGUACAUAGCUGUUACGACAAUUAUGGAAGUUCAGUGGCGUGUAAAUCAAAUUCACUACCUGGUAGGUGUAACAGCAAUUCACCCGCAACGAAUUCCACAGUUGCAACAAAUAUACAAGCGGAGGAUUUGGCAAUGCAGCUAACACUCUUGGAUCUUGGGGCAUUCAGAUCCAUCAGACCCGAGGAAUUGUCUAGUUGUUCCUGGAAUAAAAAGAAUAAGCUCUUAGUAGCGCCAAAUGUUGUGUGCUUCACCAGAAGAUUCAAUCAUGUAAGUUUUUGGACAGUUCAAGAAAUUCUUAAUGCUCCAACGGCAAAACAACGGGCAGAGAUUCUAGCACACUUUAUACGUAUCGCUAAGAAGCUCUAUGACUUGAAUAAUCUUCACUCACUGUUUGCUGUAAUAUCUGGUAUGCAGAGUGCUUCGAUAUACAGGCUUAACAAGACGUGGUCAUGUUUAUCAAGAAAGGACAAGGCUUCUUUUGACAAGCUGGCCGAGGUGUUCAGUGACAAAAACAAUUGGAUGAAUUUACGAGAGCACAUGGACUCUUUGAAGCUGCCCUGCAUUCCCUACCUGGGCUUAUUCCUCACUGACCUUGUAUACAUCGACAUGGCUCCCCCUGUUAAUAAGAAUAAUGACAAUCACCAAAGGACCUUAAAGAUGAAUAGCGUUCUCACUAGAGUAGCAAUGUUCCAAACAAGCGAGUAUCCCGGUAUAGUUCCUCUGCCGGAUGUUCAGCGAUAUCUGAACAGUGUACGAUAUAUUGAAGAACUUCAGAAGUUCCUCGAGGAUGAUCAUUUUAAAUUGUCCAUGAAAUUGGAACCAAACUCUCCAGUAGCAUCUUCGAGUAGCAGCAAGGAAUCCGUUGGCGACGUCGCUUCUGGUGUAGCAGCACUGUCGUUGUCUCCAGCCAGAGGAUGUGCGGGAUCCUUAAGGCUGCAUGCAGCAUCUGCAGCCAACAAAUUCGUGCCAAGUCAUCGAAAGUGCAGAAGUCUCGGUACAAAGUUUCGUAGCACAAGCCUUCCACGCAACUUCCAUAAACAAGGAGGCAGAAUUGGAUCUAGCUUGGCAGCGACUGGAUAUAGAGACACCAUUGCCAACAGCAUGCACGACAUUUUUGGUAAGGCGAGCAAUGCAGUUCCCCAGGAGUCAAGUCAGUUGACAUUGCGUCAUCUGCUUGACGAUUCUGUUCUGGAGGAGCCACACUUGGCCCCUCAGAUUGUCGACCUGGAUGAAAACUCUCCAGGCUCUCCAGCAGAUACCCUGGAUGACGACUGCAGUUUGCUGUCCAGGACAAGUACCCUAACUAUAUCACCUUGUGAGCUCACUGAGGGAGCCCUGGAACCACGUUGCGGCUUACAAGGAUCUUUAAGACGUAAGGUUAUCCUCCGUGACGGUAGAAAACCAGCCGUUUCAACAUGGCAGCGUUACUGGGUGCAACUUUGGGCCUCUUCCAUCGUCUAUUUCUCUUCCAAAUGUUUCAAGGGCGACCGGUCAGACUUCAAACGUGAACCCUACAAAAUGGUUUCCAUCCUUGGCUGGAUCGUCGAGCCACAGGACAAUUCUUUGCAUCCGGACACGUUUAUCCUAACAGAUCCAAACAAAGGAAACGUUUACAAGUUUCGUGCUGGAAGUAACGAAUUGGCUGAACAGUGGAUAAAAGAAUUGCGAGCGACUGUCAGAGGCGCAACUGAUAGAAAACCAAUACCUGCUAAUCUAAUGUCAUUCGAAUAAAUGAAAUCCGAAUCCAUAAGAAAAGAACAACUGAAGAUCUAAGCAAGAUAGGCGUUUGCUGUUAGCGCUGCCUGCCGUCUUCCUUGCACAAGAAUCGAAUAUCAUUGGAGAAUUCUCCCGUAUUUCCUGCACGUGCGUCACACAUCUGUGCUCUCUAGUAGUGAAGUAAUAUUCUGUGUAUAGAGUGACUCGCGAAUCCUCUGCGUUUAUUGGUGUUGUCACUUUUUUUUACACGCAUCACAACAAACAUACUAUAGAUCAUCGUUUGAAGUAAGUCACAAUUAUAUCUAAUAACGAUGAUAAUAAUACCUCAAUUAUAUUUUUCGUAUAAGCUUUUGUGUACUAUCGCUCAUCCUUCAAAAACUUAGAGAAUCCAGCGGCUAAAAGAAUAUAUUAUACAUGAUAUUCUUUCUCAAAGGCUUCUCUCUAUUGUGAAUUUCACACUUUCUUUGUUCCUCAUUUUUUUAUUAUCUUUUUUUUUUUUGUAUGAUACUCGUGGUAAGCAUUUACAUCGUAUUUGGGCUGCGAUUCAACUGAUUGAUCCAUUUGUUUAAAAUGGUUCUAGAAUUUGAGAAUAUAUUCUUUUUUAUUUCUUUUUAUGGUGUCACAAUUGUUCAUACGAAGAAAAUUUGUUUGCGUUUAGCGUUGAUCUGGCAUCUCAUCGUUAAAAUUCGUGCAAUAAUCGUUAAUGCUUAAUUGUUUCUUUAAUUCGUUCUUACAAAAGAGAAAAGCCCCAUUCUUAUAGACUGCUUAGAACGAAAAGUCGAAAGAAAACCAAAUAAAAUCUCUGUCAACUUGCUAACACAAAGUUGUUGUGCAGAAUGGUCCCUGAUUAGGAUACGACGACACUUCCUAUAUUUAUUUGUAACAUAACUAACUUCCUGCCAGAAUCUUACUGUCCACUAGUAGCCCUGUAACCCUAUACACAUCACUGAUAAUGAACUGAAUAGUAAGGAGGUCGCCUUGAAAAAGAAAUUCAUGGUAUUUUUUAAUAACGAUAUUGUACAGACGACUGACUACGAUGAUGAUGAUGCUAAUGAUGAUGGUAAUGAUGAACAAUGAUGACCGCGAUUAAAGUACCUAGAAUAUAUAAUAUAAAUAUAACGUUUAUCACGUAGAGGAGGACUCGGGUUAACUAUUAAUUAUAUAAAUUUUAAUAUACAUAUACUAUAAGCUACAACUCGCAACGCAAUACAGAUAGCAGUGCUCGAAGGUUAUUAAAAGCGUUAUAAUAAUUAUAAUAAUAAUUAAGCCAUUCGUCUCAAUCUCAUAUCAUUGGUAAUGCUAUUUAAAGAUUUUGGCGGACAGUUAAUGUCUUUGUAUACACGAGCUACAUAUCUCUAAUGGGGAUGGGAGGGAACGAAGAAAGAGAAGGAAAAAUAAGGGGUUUAUUCAAAAAUAAAUAUAAAAGGAAAUGACGUCAGAAAUGUUUGAUUAUACGCAAUUACUUCAAAAAUCGAGUCAUUUGAGUCCUUAGGCUGUUGCUUGUCAUUCGCUUCUUUUUAUUUUCUCAUUUACAACAGUUGUAUUAUACAGUCAUUCAAAUAUUCUCAUUGACUACUCUCCUCCCAUCUAGUAAUCAUACGUUUUGGUAUACUACGUGUUACAAUAAUGAAACACGUCGGGCACAAUGUUGUAUUCUAUUUGAUGAAUGCACUUAACUACACCUUAGUACAGUUUGUAACAUGCGAGCAUUGUUCCUCAUUAUUGCAAUGAUCCAUUAAAUGAUCACUCCAUCACUGAAUCCUUGUUCAUUAUGUCAAUAACAGAGAGCAUCUUGUAUAACAGAUUGAUAUCAUCUCUAUCCCUGGUGAAUCUCAUAGCGGAAUCUCUCUAGUACAAUGGCAUUCUCUUUUAAUAUACUGUGAAUAAUUAUUGUGAAUAAUCUUGAACAGCCAUGGGGAGUAGCAUGUGUCUCGAUUACACGUUUAUAUAGUCUUUUACACUUUUAACUACUAUUCAAAAAUUCUCUUCUACACUCUUAAACUUUCAUGUAGAUUGGUACUAAAAUGUUACUUUAAUUCAGAGCUGAUCAUCUUUUGCAUAUUUUACUUUGUAAUUUGUUUAUUGAUGCAAGGAACCUCGUCGUUGUUGUUGAUUAUAUAUAUAUAUAUAUAUCUUUUUAAUUUUGUCUUUCUUAUUUUCUUUUGGAAACUAUUGUCUCAUUCUAAUUCAUGUUAAUGAGAACAAAGGACAAUGAAAACAAAAAAGGUAAAAAACAGCAAAACAAAGACUGACCGACUGAGCGAGCGAUCGUUUGACGAUAAAAAUUAUUGUGAAAUUAAUGUAACGCGUGGAUUGUUUACAGCAGUGUUAACGUUGCGCAUCGGCAACAAACGACUGAAAGCUUCAUUAUCUCUAGAAAUGUAUAUCGAGCAUCUCAUUGUAAUUAAUCAAAAAGCGACAAAGAAGUCGUGGCAACGAUUUGGACGCACAAAAAAGUCAGUAUGGAAAAAGUAACACAGAUUGUAUGAAUGAGGAAGUAAAUUGAAUUGAUGUUUUAUGUUUGUAUCACGGAAAUGUAUUUUUCUUUUCUCUCUCUCUCUCUCUCUCUCUCUCUCUCUCUUUCUCUCUCUCUCUCUCUCUCUGUCUCUCUCUCACUUUCUUUUUCUUUUGCAAGAUUCUUCUUAUCUUGCGCAUCUCAAGAUGGGUUAUUUAGUACUUUUAUGGUUUAUCUAAUGACUUUGUUUUUUCUUUCUAUUUCUCUUUUUUUUUUUCGUUUUAACUCAAUGUUAGAAUUAAACGAUGAUCUUUGUAUCGCAUGGUCUCAUUUCUUUCUUUUUCUAGUAGACAUCACAUUCUCAUGUAAUGCUCUCUGUCUCACUUUCUCGCUCUCUUACGCUCGUUUGUAAUUAAUGUAAUAUGUAUUUGCACACAAUACGGUCUGUCGUCCGUUAUACAUAAUGUAUGAUGUAUUUUAAUGCAAACAACGCGAGACAUUUGUAUCUCUUUAUUUUUGUAUGCGAGGAGAACAAAACGUAGAAUGAAGAGUCAGCUAAAAGCUCUGACACCUUCCGAUUCUACAUGUGUGAAUACUUAUCGUACGAUUGAAGUGAGAUGAUCAUGAUUAAUUAACAGAUAAAAUACACUCGAUUAAGUCCUAAUGUUAGUUAGUAUCAAGUUAUACGUACAAGUAUGUAUGUAAUUAAGCCACAAGAAGACUAUUUCUUUUAAA